AUGGUAGAAACUGUUGAAGUAGAUUUUCCUAGGGGUGGUGCAGAAGAAUACAAAAAAAAAUUAAAAAGGAUAUUAAACGAAGAUGUUGAGAAUUCAGCGGAAGGAGAGAGUUUCCGCAAAAAAGCGAAACGUUCGGAUAUGAAGGAGUCAGAAUUGAGAGACGAUAAGUUUGAUGGAAUAUGGAAAGGUGCCUUGGUAUCCAGUCUUAUGACUGAGGGCCUUCUCGGCUUAGGUGUUAUUCUUGAUGUAGAAUUACAGUUGGAGACUGCUGAUGGGGCUUAUGUUUCUUUACCUGCUUCUAAAAUUAGCAAAAAGUUGUUUGAAACAAUAAAGCACGCUACGGUUACCCUUAACGAUCUUUUCCUGAUUGGCCAAAUGCUAGCUUUCAAAGUUGUGGGUUCGAGUGAUACGCCAUGCAAUUGUGACCCUUCGUUUGUUAACUCACAUCUUGGACCAACAAAUAUUGCAAAUGGUCUUGUUUUGAAUGGAAGUGUCAAGGUCGUGGAAGAAAAAGGUGCCAUAAUGGACCUGGGAUUUCGUUCUGAAACGACGGGCUUUUUGCCUUUUUCUGAAUUGCCUUCGGAAGUUUCUGCUGAAAAUUUGAUUGCUGGCCAAGUCUUACUGGUAAGGGUUCAGCAGAAUCAGGAUCUGAAAAAAACUCGAGUCAUUCAGUUGUCUGGAGUGCCGGAGGCUGAAGAUUUGGAUGAAAAUUCUACUAAAAAGUUGAGGAGGAAUAUGUUAAUGCCAGGCACCCUUUUGCUGGCGCAUCCACUAAAAUCAUUCGGAGGUGGUUUGUAUGUCGAUCUCGGCAAUGGUGUGAAGACCUAUUUGCGCAACCGCCAUUUACCGGUAAAGUAUAGGAAAAAUAUCGUGAAAAUCGUCAAACCGCUUCAUUGUGUUGUAACUUUUUGCCAGCAAAAUAGUCAUAUUUUGUCUGUGUCAGCUCUUCCUGAUAUUGUUGCUGUUAGCUCACCUGAACGGAGAACUGAUUUUAAUGUAUUUCUUAUUUAUUACAGAAUUUCUUACUCUUUUCAACUUUUGCAACAGGCAAAGUUAUUAGAAGAUAAUAUGCAUUUUUUUUUAUAUUUUAAGAGCAUUAAAGUUGGUGAUGUCGUAACAUGCAGGGUUUCUGGUUCAAGCAAAAAAGGUGCAGUUAAUUUUGAUGUGCUUGUUGACGAAAACCAUUAUGGAAAAGUUUCUUUUACAGCGAUGGGAACUAUUGGGGCACUUCGACCAGAUGCUUACGAAUUGGGUUCCGAACAUUUAGCGCGAGUUUUAGGACACAGUUAUUAUCAGAGGCAUCUUUUGGUCUCAACAGUGCAAAGCGUCAUGGCCCAAAAGUUUGUCAGUGUCGAGGAUGCUGUUAUUGGUAAAAAAGUUAAAGCGACUGUCACAGGUGUGAAAUCUAGUGGAGUUUUUGUUAAAAUUUACGAUACGAUCGUGGGUUUUAUUCCACGGAUUCACCUUGCUGACAAAAUAUUGCUGAAACCUGAAAAACAUUUUCGAAAAGGCCAAGUCUUGAGGUGUAAAGUGCUGUAUAAGGAUCUUGAGAAAUCUCGUUUGUUUUUGACUUGCAGACCGUCUUUCCUUCAAAGUAAAGAAAAACUGAUAUGCGACUAUAACACUGAAGACGUUGGCUCGACCGUUCCGGGAGUUGUAACGUCUGUGCGGACAAACGGAGCUUUGAUACUUGGAUUUUACGGGAAUGUGGCUGGUUAUAUGCCAACACGAGAAGCAGCACGCAUCAGUGAAGUGAAGGUUGGAAUGACUAUUAAUGUAAAAAUAAAGGGAGUUGACCCAGAAAACAAAAGGAUUUUGGUAAGCUUCUUUGACCCGUCAGGAGCAGAUGAAAAUGCCGAACCAAAGCUAAGGAGUUUGAGAGACAAAAAGAAAGUCAAAGUUUUUACAAUUUGUUCAGCUAAAGUGAUUGGAUUAUGGUCGAAAGGAAGAAAAUCUAGUUGCGCUGUUGAACUGGAGUUGCCUGGAGGGAAUAUAGGUAGGCUUCACGGUUGCGAAUUAGACGAAGAUUCCUUAAAUGCCGACCCGGUGCCUGUAAAAAAGUUUGCAUUGGAAAAGAAGGGUCGAAUGAUUCUUGUGAAAGUUAUCGGUUUUUCAAAAAUCAGACAACAAGCUUUGGAGAGCCCUAAACUUUUGAGACCAACAAAAGUGAGACCUAUCAAAGAUGGGAAAGUAAUAACAAAGGUAUUGCGAGUAGCUGACUGCACUGUUCUACCAGACAAACUUCGAUCGGCUCAAAAGAAAUUAAAAAGCGUAGGCUACAUACAAAAGUACACACAGGGAUCGUUUGUUCCCGUCUUCGUGACCGAAGGACCACAUCGGAGCGGUGUGCGAGUAGAGGUUUCACCGUUAUGGAACGGAAUAAUAGAAAAGCAGAAUCUAGCAGGGGAUAUCCUGCGAGUAAAUGAAACUGAUGAGGGGUCUGCCUUGGUCGAUAUCGGUUUUGAACCUGGACAGUUUUUGAAAGCACGUGUUAUUGGGAUAAAUGACAUGAAAGGAGCAAAGUCGAAAAGACGGAAAAAAUAUUUGAAAUUAUCACUUAUUGACAACCCUGAAGUCUUUCAACGAAAUGAUAAGGUUGUUGGACGUGUUACAGGAACCACUGCGUGUCCAACAACCGUUUCAUUUGUACUAAGUAAUGGCCAAAGGGCAGUUCUUACCCCAACUGGUGUUACUGGUCAAUAUUCUAAAAGUCUUGAGUAUUUAAGGAAUUUUAAAGAAAAUGAGGUCCAUCAUCUUCAUCUCUUGCGUUUUUCUGAAAAAGGAAGUUUUUGGUAUGCUGUUACUAAAGGCCGUUAUGAAGAAUGGCAGUCAAAGACUGAGAGGCGUAACUAUAGCAAGCUUCUGAGUGAAACAAGUGAAAUAAAGGAAUUUUUGAACUUGGAUCUGCUUCGCUUUGGCAAUACCAUUUAUGUACAUGACAGGAAGGAAGGUUUUCAAGAGUAUUUAUGCAAUUCAUGUAUCUGCGAGGUAAAAUAUCUUGCUUAUGCAGUUGGAACUUUUUAUCAGCUGGGCAAGUAUAAUUCAACAAGUGAUGGGAUUGGAAUUGAACUGUUGCGAAUGAAAAAUAGCGUCUUAAAAGGGUUUAUAAGCAGAAUUGCUGAUGAAAAUACGCUUGCAGAAAUUGGGCCUGGUGUCUUUGGUUGCGUAAAAAAGUGCAGAUCUGACGUGCACUUAACUUUGGAUCAGGUCGUAACUCUAAAAGUUUUACAAGUUUUCGAAGACGGAGGGAUUAAUUUAUUAUUUAUGGGAACAAUUACUGAAGCUGCUGACAUGGCUGCAGAAGAAAAUACAGAAUUAAAACCGAGAAAAAGAGCGUGUAGUAGUGAUUUGGAAAUACGCGGUGAUGUAUCAGAGAAGCGGCUUAAAAAUACUGCUGAAGAAAAAUGCGAACACGUUGAGGAGAAAUCUCUUUCUUUAAAGUUUUCUAUGAGUGUACAAAUGUUUCAGCUUAAAGACCCAGGGUUCGAUUGGAGCCUUAAAGGGUUCACGCCUGCUGAUUUUGCUGCGGUUGGAAAGAUUGGAAAAGACGUAAAAUCAGAGUUAACUUCCUUUUCUAAGGUUAAGUUGGAAAAUGUUCCGCAGAAUGGUGUUCACAAAGUUAGCGAAAUAGAGUUUAAAAAAGAAAAAGAAGUCCUAAAAGGUUGGUUUUUUAACUUUUUUCGAAUUCCUAUUAGCUUUGUUAGGUUUGUCACGACUUUUGUGAAAUGGUCUAUUCGUUGCAUACUUGCAGUGACAUCUACUGUAAUUAAUUUUUUCGAUUUAGAUCGACAAACGGUUGAUAUUUUGAAAGAAAAAGAAUUGUUUUCGCUCGAAAACAGCCUUAUGGACAUACAUAAUAAUCCCACUUCGGAAACCCACUUUGACCUGUUGGUCACUGGCAAUCCGAAUUCGUCGGAUGUGUGGAUACGGUACAUAGCUUUUUUCAUUGAUAAGAAAGAUAUUGACCGGGCGAGAGCAACCGCCGAAAGGGCUUUGGAAGUCAUCAACUUCAGAGAAGAAGAAGAAGUGUUUAAUGUUUGGACUGCAUAUUUGAAUUUGGAAUCUACUUACGGCUCACCAGAUACGUUAAGAGAAGUGUUUGAAAGAGCUAUUAAAAAUGCGGACUCGCUGAAGAUGCACAAAAUCAUGUACAAAAUUUAUCAGAAAGCGGGAAAAGUCGAGGAAAAUGAUGAAUUAUUGGAAAAAAUGUUAAAAAAAUUUCGCCACGAGGACGUGGAAGUUUGGACAUUAUAUGGUCAACAUUUGAUGGAGACAAAUCGGGAAGAGAAGGCAAGAGAGCUGAUGAAGAAAGCUUUGAAGUCACUUCCGGAGAAGCAUCGUGAUUUUUACUAUGUCUCUAUUCUGUCUCGCUUUGCACAGAUGGAGUUCAAGAUGGGUGAUAUGGAGCAAGGAAAAACAAUCUUUGAAAGCAUUCUCAAUUCUUAUCCAAAAAAGACUGAUAUAUGGGUUGUUUACAUAGAUUUAACAGCAAAGAAAGGGAGUAUUGAGGAAACAAGACAGCUUUUUGAGCGGGCCACUUCUUUAAAGCUUUCAAGCCACAAAAUGCGUCAUUUUUUUAAAAAAUGGCUUGCAUAUGAAGAGAGGAACGGAAAUGAAGAAACGCAAAAGGCGGUAAAGCAAAAGGCAGCUCAGUACGUCGGUGACUUCCUGAGAGAAUUGAACGUUUAA